CGAAACAACUUCCGCUAGUACCGAAACGACCGAGUACCGAAACAACUUGGUACCGAUACGACUUGAAUUCCUACAUUUAAGCUACAUGUAAACUAGUAGUGCACUACGUACAGUCGGGUGUGACCACAAAUCCCCUAUACAGAUAACUGGUGGUUCUAGUGGUAUUGGGAAGGAGAUAGCCAAAUUGGUGAUCAGUCGUGGUGCCAAAGUCACCAUAAUGGCACGCAAUCAGCAAAAACUUGUAGAGGCCAAGGAAGAGAUUGAAAGAUGUAGACGAGCCGGUUGUUCAGAAGCAGUAGUUUGUGUGGUAGCUGAUGUUGCAAAUGAUGCUCAACUUGUGGAAAUAGCUGUUCGUGAGGCAGAAGGCUCAAAUGGACCUGUUCAGAUGUUGGUUAAUUGUGCUGGAUUUUCCAUUAGUGGAACAUUUGAUGACAUGAAACCAAAUGAUUUUAAGAGUCAGAUGGAUGUGAAUUAUUUGGGGACUGUCUAUGCUACCAAAGCUGUGAUGGCAUCCAUGAAGUCACUUGGAUGUGGCCGUAUCAUCUUUAUUUCCUCACAGGCGGGUCAGAUUGGUCUGUUUGGCUACACAGGCUACUCUGCUGCCAAGUUUGCCCUCACAGGGCUGGCACAGGCUCUGCAAAUGGAAGUAAAGCCCUACAACAUCCAUGUGACACUAUCCUUUCCUCCUGACACUGAAACUCCUGGCUACAAGGCUGAACUGGACGGAAAGCCCAGAGAAACGGUGCUAAUAUCGGAGACAUCAGGAGUAUUCCAGCCAGAUAUGGUUGCCAAAACAAUUGUGGAAGAUAGCUUGAAUGGCCGGUUUCAGAGCUGGGUGGGGAUGGAUGGCUUCAUGUUAGCUUGUAUGACCUGUGGGAUGUCACCUGUUACCACAGUGAUGGAUGCCUUGUCACAGAUAUUGACAGCAAGUAUUUUCCGAUUGGUGUCCUUGUUCUAUCUGACUCACUUUUAUGGCGUUGUAAGUAAAUGUAAGAAGGAAAGAGACUCACAGAAGAAGACUUCCUGACCAAGGAAAUCUUUAAAGUGUGGCACACAUUUGGAGAUUAAUAUGAUGCAUGGUAACAACCAAGGUUUGCACAGUGUAUUGAGGAAGACGAGAUAGAAAAGUUGCUAUUAUGCAGAAAUUUAUAUGCAUUUUAUAUUUCAUAAUUGCCAUUAAAUUGAUUCAGUACUCCC